CCAGCACCACCGACCGUGGCAGAGAAGCCGCACGAGGCGGAGGUCGCGGGACUGCGGAAGCGCGUAGCAGCCCACAGCGUCUCGCACUAGCGACACUUCCGCCCGCACGAGUCCUUCCGGGGUGGGGGUCACCAUGGCAGCGGCUUUGGCUCGGCUCGGACUCCGCUCAGUCAAGCAGGUUCGGGUUCAAUUCUGCCCUUUCGAGGAGAACGUGGAGUCGACAAGGACCUUCCUCCAGGCCGUGAGCAGCGAGAAGGUUCGCUGCACCAACCUCAACUGCUCGGUGAUAACUGACGUGAGACACGACGGCUCCGAACCCUCCGUGGACGUGCUGUUCGGAGACGGGCAUCGCCUGAUUAUGCGCGGCGCGCACCUCACCGCCCAGGAAAUGAUCACUGCCUUCGCCUCCCACAUCAAGGCCAGGGGUGCGGCGGGGAGCGGGGACAAGCCGGGCGCCAGUACCGGGCGCUGACAGCGCGGAGGAGACCAAGAAGCAGGUUUUCACCUAAGACUGCUAAGGACACAUCUAAGAAGACCUUGACUUAAUUGCUCAAAUCACUAUCUGGAAGACCACAGAGCGCAAAAGAAAAAAGAAAAGAGCCCUGUGACUACAAAUCCAACCAGUGUUUCUGGGACGAGACAAGAUGGGGAGGGGUCUGGACAAAUUUGAAUUUAUUUCACUUUCUUACCAUCACUCACUGCUUAAAACUUUUGAAUUUGGCUUCUUCCAGCACUACUCAAGGUACCUCUUACUCUUAUUAGAAAUGCUGUUUUCUCAGUCCUCAUUUUCCCAUUUCAGUAGCACCUGCCACUCUUAAUUCCCUCCCUUGUGUAACUUUUCCGCUCAGGUCCUUUUUCUUCUUUUAACCAUAAAGGCAUACUACUCUCCUAAUUUCUCUUCUCUCUUUUAUUUUUGGGGCAUCUCAUAUUCUGUCAUGACUUGAACUACCCUCUUGGGUUAAACCCUACAUUUCUGUUUGGCUCUAAUCUCAAAUUCUGUGCUAUAGUCAGGGUACUUACUACCAAUUUUCUCCAAAUUCCACCAACACUCUUUGUCUAACGCUAACCCGAUAAUCUUACAUACUCUAAAGUUGACCCUUGAACAAUGCAGGUUUGAAUUGCAGAGGUCCUCUUACAUGCCUGUUUUUCAAAUAAAUACAUAGUACAAGUACUACACGAUCCGUGGUUGUUUGAAUCUGCGGUUGUGGAACUGUAGGUGCUGACUGUAAAGUUAUCCCCCCAUUCUCAACUCUGUGGAGCGGUUGGGCCCCUAACUCGCAUCCCCACCCCCAUUGUUUAAGGGUCAACUGUACUUGCCUCCUCCCCUGACUUCCUCAUUCUUUUAAAAGGCACUUCAUCUGCUCAGCCACUUGAGCUAGAAACCACAGCAUUAUCUCUGGUUCUGCCCGCUCCCUUUCCCUGCAUAUCCAGUAAGUUCGUAAUAUUCUGUCUUAAACAAAAACUUCUGAAAUGUUCUCUACAUUUCCAUUCAUUCUCCUGUAUUAUUGUUGCAUUCUCCCACCUGGUCUCCUUUUUGCUAACCGUUUUUGCUGCUGCUUACUUUUAUUUUUCCAAAGCAUAUCAUUGGUUUUAUUAUUACAACUUGUUUCAGAGAACAGUGCCUAAAGUACUUUUUAGGCACCCUGCCUAAAGUGUUUUUCAUACUAGGUUACCACCCAUUAAUGUGGAUCAUGAAGUCAAUUUAGGGAGUUAAAUCAGCCUUUAAAAAACAAAGUAAAAUAGAAUAAAAAGUAUCAGUAGAUGGCACAUGGACUGGGAAAUAUUCUUUAAGAAACUUAAGUUUUAAACAUAUAAUCAUGAAUAUAGAUAUUAUAUAAAGUAUGUGUAUGUGUGUCUAUCUGCAUGUACUUGGUUGCAGUAUAGAAUUAUUUCUUACCGCAGGUUGUAGGAAAAAAUGGUUGAUAGCCACUGGUUUAGAGAAAAACUUCAGAAUGUUCAACUAGGCAAUCAAGAAUCUCUGGACACUGGCUGCUGUGUACUUUGCCAAAUAUAUUUCCUCCUACCCCAUUACUAUACUACUUCUCUCUUAAAAUGGUGAUAUCUUCAAAGGACUGGUUUUCCCCCCUCUCCUUUCAGAGAAAGAAAACUAUCAGACAGUAUAGUGUAGUAAAAAGCUAGAAUGCCUGGGAUUGAAAUCCUAGCUUUUCCCUUAAGUAGCUAUGUAACUUUGGACACAUUACUUAGUCUCUCAGUGCCUGUUUCUUCAUUCAUAAAAUGGGGAUAACAGUACCUGCCUCAUAGAACUGUUGAGAGAUUAAGUGAAUUGAUAUCUGGGACUUCUUAACCACUGGUGGUCCAGUGGUUAAGACUCUGCUCUUCCACUACAGGGGGCACGGGUUCAAUACCUGGUCAGAGAACUAAGAUCCCUGCAUGCAGUGAAUAAAUUGAUAUCUGUAAACUGCAUAGAAUAUUGAGUGAGCAUAGCAUAGUAUCUAAGAGGCCGUAUGUUAUAGGCCUCUUUACUGACGAAAGGAUACAACCUAGAUUUGAGUUCUCCAGGUCCAUGGUUAACUGGCCAUUAUCCUUGGCCAGAUUAACUACUCUCAUCUGUAAAAACAGGGAUGGUUCAAGCACUGCUGUAAACACGGAUUGAGUGCUGGCACUGUGCUUAUAGAUUGUGAACUUGAGGUUGGGGCUGUUUUCUCUGUGUCCCCUGCACCUUGCAUAGUGCCUGAUACAGAGUGUGCAAUAAACUUUUGUUGAAUUUACCAGUAUUUA